AUGGCCACGUGGGUUUACAACUUCGGUGAUGGCCAGGCCGACGGCCGAGCCGAGAUGAAGAACUUGCUAGGCGGCAAGGGUGCCAACCUUGCGGAAAUGGCGUCCAUCGGCCUGCCGGUGCCUCCCGGGUUUACGCUCACGACGGAGAUCUGUACACACUUCUAUCAGAACGAUUGCAACUAUCCCAAGGAGCUCAACAAGCAGGUCGAGGAGGCACUGGCUUUGGUCCAGAAGCGCACCGGCCGUGUCUUUGGCGACUCCACCAACCCACUUCUGGUCUCUGUCCGCUCUGGGGCGCGUGCGUCCAUGCCAGGAAUGAUGGAUACCGUGCUCAAUCUGGGCCUGAACGAUCAGACCGUGGAAGCUUUGGCGAAGAAAUCUGGUGACCGGCGCUUUGCCUUCGAUAGUUACAGGCGCUUCGUGCAGAUGUACUCCGACGUGGUCUUGGGCAUCGAGAUCAGCCACUUUGAGAAGCACUUGGAGCGUGCGAAGGAGAAGCGCGGUGUGAAGCAGGACUGUGAGCUUCUCGCUGAAGACUUGGAGAAGUUGGUCAAAUCGUACAAAGCUGUGGUGCAGUUGGAGCUGGGCGAGGACUUUCCCGAAGAUCCGAAAGCCCAGCUGUGGGGUGCAAUUGGUGCUGUCUUCAACUCCUGGAUGAACCAGCGAGCCAAGACGUACAGGCAGCUGCACGACAUCCCGGAGUGGUGGGGCACCGCUGUCAACGUCCAGGCCAUGGUGUUUGGUAACAUGGGCAACGACUGCGCUACAGGCGUGGCCUUCACUCGUGACCCCUCCACGGGAACCAACGAAUUCUACGGUGAGUUCCUGGUGAAUGCCCAGGGCGAAGAUGUGGUUGCUGGAAUCCGCACACCGCAAGAGCUGACUAUCAAAGCCCGCAAGUCCCACGGUUCGGAUCUGCCGUCCUUGGAAGAAGUGAUGCCGCAGAUUUUCAAGGAGCUGCUGUCGGUGCGGAGCCAGCUGGAGACCCACUACAAGGACAUGCAAGACAUCGAGUUCACCAUACAACAAGGCAAACUCUACAUGCUGCAGACACGCAACGGAAAGCGCACGGCUCCAGCUGCGCUGAAGAUCGCGGUUGACAUGGCCCAGGAGGGCUUGAUCUCCAAAUCGCAAGCUAUCCUGAGCUUGAAGCCUGACUUGGUGGAUCAGCUGCUGCACCCCACGCUGGACCCGAAGGCCAAGAAGGAUGUGAUCGCCAAGGGCCUUCCUGCCUCUCCCGGUGCUGCUGGCGGCAAGGUCGUCUUCUCUGCUGACGAAGCGGUGCGACGGUGCAAGGAUGGCGAGAAGGUCAUCCUGGUUCGCAUCGAGACCAGUCCGGACGACAUCCACGGCUUGCACGCAGCGGAGGGAGUCCUGACCACCCGAGGUGGUAUGACAAGCCAUGCUGCGGUCGUCGCCCGCGGGAUGGGCCGGCCUUGCGUGGCGGGUGCGGGCGCGAUCACCGUGGACUACGCUGCAGCGAAGCUCACCGUGGGUGCGGUGACGGUUGCAGAGGGGCAGAUCCUCACCAUCGAUGGAAGCACCGGAGAGGUCAUUGUUGGCGAAGUUCCCACGGUGCCUCCACAGCUGUCUGGAUCCUUCGGGACCAUCAUGGAGUGGGCGGAUGAGUUCCGGGACAUGAAAGUCCGAGCCAACGCGGAGACUCCAGCCGAUGCUCGACAGGCCAAGGAAUUCGGCGCGGAGGGCAUCGGUCUCGUGAGGACCGAGCACAUGUUCUUCGAAGGUCAGCGCAUUGUGGCCAUGAGGCAGAUGAUCUUGGCCACGGAUGAGAGCGAUCGGCGACAGGCGCUGGAGAAGCUCCUGGUCAUGCAGCGUGAAGACAUCACCGAGUCUUGGCGUUCUUCUGGUUG